AUGUUUCAGAACUUUGAACUUUUAGGAUUCCCUUAUCCCAAAGACUUGAAAUUCCUGUUUGUCUUCUUCCUCCUCCUCAUGUAUAUACUGUCCCUUUCCGGAAAUGGCUUGAUCCUCUUAGUGGUGGCACUAGAACCUCAUUUGCACAAGCCAAUGUACUGGUUCCUCUGUCACUUGUCCAUGAUGGACAUGAUGGUCUCCUCAGUUGUGUUACCCAAAUUAGUCACUUGGCUGAUAGGAGGCAAUGGGGUCAUCUCCUUUGCAGGCUGCGUAACCCAGCUUUUCUUCUUCCACUUCCUGGGCUGUACGGAAUGCUUCCUGUAUACUGUGAUGGCCUUUGACCGCUUCAUGGCCAUCUGUAAACCACUGCACUAUGGCACUAUCAUGAACUACCAAGUUUGCUUCUGCCUUGCAGCUGGCACGUGGUUUGGAGGAUCCGUACAUGGUGCAAUACAUUCCUCCCUUACCUUCCACUUGCCAUAUGGCUGGAGAAACCAGGUGAACUACGUCUUAUGUGACAUCCCUGCUAUGCUGAAGUUGGCCUGCGCAAACACAUCGAUCAACGAGACGGUAACAUUGAUUGACAUUGGGUUCGUGGCUAUGGCCUGCUUCCUCUUGAUUCUGACAUCGUACAUAUAUAUUGUAUCUGCCAUCCUAAGGAUUCCCACUUCUAAAGGGAGACACCGUGCCUUCUCCACUUGCACUGCCCAUAUCACCUUGGUGGUGAUCUAUUAUGUUCCUGUGGUAUACAACUAUGUACGUCCACCAUCUCAGGACUCCUUUGAUGAAGUGUUGGUCAUGUUCUAUGCUGCAGUGACUCCCUUCUUAAAUCCCCUCAUAUACACGCUGAGGAAUAAGGAGAUGAAAGAUGGUGUACGUAAAUUAUGCAGCAGGAGGCCACAAUCCAUUUGUCAAACAUAA